AUGUUGCAGAUGGCCCAGUUCAUCCAACAAUUUUUAAAUCAACAAAACCAGCAGAAUCAGCAAAGUUGGGGAGCAUUUUUACCAACUUUUAGUGGAGAAAAUCAGCAAGAUCCUGUUGCUUGGCUUAGAGAUUAUAAUGCUGUUUCUGAAGCCAAUGGUUGGAAUAAUGUUCAAAAAUUGCAAGUAUUACCAGCUUAUCUAAGAUCUACUGCAGCUGAUUGGUAUCAAUCAUUAAAGCAAGAUAAUCCAGGAUUUGUUACUACUUUGGGUUGCAAGGUUUUAAUGGAAAUGUUAACAAUUUUGAGGAUAGAUUUUUAA